AUGGGGAUAAAGGCUUCACUUCUGAUCUCUAUCAUACUUUCAUUGAUGGUUGCUGAUCUGCAAGCAGAUACAAAAACAAUCGUUGUAGCUGCUUUGGUCCAAACGCGAGAUCGUGACAACCAUUUGAAAAUUCAAUCUGGAGUCAUGUUGACUCUGGCAAUUCAAUAUCGUGUUCAUAAUUUAAAUCAUACUUUUUUUACAAACUAUGGCUAUCAAGUAAAGUUACAGAUACUUGAUUGUCAAGAUAACAUUCAAGUAUUUCGUGCUGCAUUAGUUUCUUUUAGGGAGGGUGCAACUUUCUUUAUUGGACCGUAUUCAUCAGAAACUUCGUAUUUAGUUAGUAUACUAACAUCUGUAUUCAAAAUAGCUACUAUCUCUUAUUCUGCAUCCUAUACCGAUUUCCCUCAACAUGGCUUGGGUAAUUCAUAUAUGCUACGGUCUAUACCGUCAGAUUGGUAUCGCAUUCAGGCGGCUUUAGAUUUUAUCCAAGAAAUGGAAUGGAAUUAUGUAGGCGUUAUUAAUUCCUACAACUAUGAUGGUGUUAGAGAUGGAUCUAAAUUUAUAUUGCAAUUAAAAAAACUUGGUAUUUGCCUAGCAAAAAGUAUCAAUUUACCAAAAAAUACAACAAAGAGUUCCUAUUUUGAUGCAGUCGAUUCUUUAAAUCGUGACAAACGAUUAAAAGUUCUUGUGAUGUUUACAACAACCUUAGAUUCUCGACAUUUACUUUUUACAAUGUCAAGAAGAAAUUUGUCAGAAAGAUUUUACAUUCUAUGCAUGUAUGGCUGCACAGAUUACGUUGAAGUGGCUAAAAGCUUAGCAAAUGUUGUAGCGGACGUGUUAAGUCUUGAUUUGCGAUAUAAGGAGGUAGAUGGAUUUAAGAAAUACUUUUUACAACAAAACCCAAAAUCGAAUUUAUUUGAUUAUUUUAAACACUACUGGGAAAUUAUAUUCAAAUGCAACCUUGAUUCUAGCAAUCUAUUCAAGAAAAAUUGUAGUGGAAAUGAAACACUAUCAGAUAAACAUUAUGCCUCGUCAACCUCUGUUCAUACAGCUGUACUAUCUGUUGAAGUCAUCGAAGAUAUAUUGACUUUAUCAUAUUCUGUGCUUUCUCAAAUGCACUACUUUAACAUAACGCUCCUGGAGUCAUUUAUAAAGAAUCGUGCUAUCUUUAACUAUCUUGGAGAAGUUUUUUCCUCUGCUGACGGCACAAUACAAAAGGACAAGGAUCAAUAUAUUCAAUAUGAUAUUAAUCAGUAUACCAAACACCGAAACAACAAAUUAGUUGCGACUUGGAAAAUCAAAAGUGACAAAAGAAAAACGGCAGAAAAUUUACUACAGACCAGAAAAGGUCAACUGAUAACAACACAUAGCAGUUCAUCAAUAAAAAGGUCUAUGCAGAGCAAGUGCAGUAACAAGUGUCCAUUGGGGAAAAUAGCCAAGCCAGACAAGGAGAUUGAGAAAGCACAAUGUUGUUGGAGCUGCAAAAAAAUCCCUAAUAAUCAUAUAAUUAUAUAUAACUUUACCAGACCGUGUAAACAAACAGAAAAUCCUAAUCGUUUUUUUAAUGCUUGUGUUCCGUUAUCAGUAAAGGUAAUUCAGUUUGAUCAAGAUGCUGCACCCAGUAUUAUAAUAAUUAUCUGCAUUAUUGGAAUAUCGAGUACAAUUAUCGUUGUAUUGUGCUACGUCAUAUAUGACAAAUAUAAAAUCAUAAGAGCGUCAGGAAGAGAUUUGUGCUACAUGAUCUUAAUAGGAAUAUUUUUUAUUUUUGUUAGUCCAUUGUUAUUCCUAUGUGAACCAACACCUGCUAUAUGCUUACUUCGUUCCUCUCUACCAGGAGUAUCAUUUUUAUGCUGCUACGUACCAUUGUUUCUUAAAGUACAUCGAAUAUACCGUAUUUUCACACAUGCUGAGAAAACUGUAAAGCGUCCGACGAUGGUAAGCUCCAGAUCAUUGCUAUUAUCAGCUAUUGCAGUGGUGUUGGCACAGGUCGCUAUCAUGGGAGUGUGGUGUCUUACAAACUUGCCGAAACCGAUUGCACAUAUUUCAACCAUUAGAGAACAUAUCACAAUGCAUUGCACAGGGGAUAGAAAUCCAAUCUGGUUGUGUCUGAACUUAUUCAUUAGUGUUUUUUUCAUCCUGGCAUGUACCGUGCUUGCUUUUAAGACUCGCAACUUUCCGAAGAACUACAACGAAGCUAAACAUAUUGGUGUUACAUUGUACAUCACCUGCAUAACCUGGUCAGUUUUUAUCCCAGCCUAUUUUUUGCUUCCAGAGAAUGAUUUUGUCAGGGAGUACUUUAUGUGCGGGAUUUGCAUUGCAAUAGGUUUCAUCACGCUGAUUGGUAUAUUUGGUUAUCGAAUUAACAUGUUAGCCAAUAAGAAACAUUUAAAACCUGAUAAUAAUAGCGCGCCCUCAUGGAAUUUAAGUCAAAGCAAAUCUGUUAUUACAAAUCGAGGUAAAUCCUUUAUUAUUGCACCAACAGAUGAGGCAGACACAGCAGCAGAGAAUCAAAUGAGCGUUUCAGAGGGUGUACACAUAAAAGCCACAACCAUUGAAACAUAUCGUAUGGCAACUGAUGCUAUGAUCUCAAACUCUGUUCAAGAUACGACGGGAAAUGUUGAAAUAACUUUUGAUGGACAACUAACAGACGCACUACUUUGAUAUCAAGA